CCGACAUGUCAAUAAGACUAGUACUGAUAGACGGAAAUAAUUCAAUCCAGCGUUGUUAUUUUAGAAUUUAUGCGGUUUGACAUUCAUUAAGUGAAAUGGAUAAACUUCUUAAAGAGGAGUCUCUUUUAAGGUUUGUUGACGUGGAACGAGGACAGAAUAGAGUUCCUGUUGUCUUUGUACUCGACACUUCGAGAAGCAUGAGAGGAGAAGGUUUUGCUCAAAUGAAAAAGGCGUUUGUAUCAAUAAUUCAAGAGUACUUAAACCAGCCAAAAGUGGAUCAUUUUGUUGCUGUCGUUAGUUUUGGAAGAGAUGUAAAGGUUCUACAACAUUAUUCUAAUGACUACAAAGCAAUUUUGCACAUUCUAGAUGACAUUCUAUGCGAGGGACCUUCACAGUUAGGAAAAGCGCUGCAAUUAGCUCUAUCCGUUUUUGUAUCAGGAAUGGUUGGAUGUCUGAUUGGACCUUUCUCCAUCAGUGCAAAUUUAGUUAUAAUAUCUAGUGGGAAUGUAUCCAGUAAUGACAGAGCAAGGCACAGCGAAGAUUGCAGAUACGAAAAAACGAAUAUUGUUAGUUUUGUUGAACAAAACUGCGAAAAGAACCCUCUUAUUUGUGUUCCAGUUGGUAGUAGCCCAGACAUGUGUUUCUUAGGAUCAAUAGCAUAUGCAUCAAAAAUUGGAAAGCUUUUGAAUGUUGAUGAGGUGGCACAAUACGGAAAAUACUCAACUAAUAUGGUUAUUGCUUCAGAAAUAAUUGGCAGUGUUCCAACAACAAAUUAUACGAUCAAUGACGUUAGAACUGCUGUGCAGACUAGAAGUGGAUCUCAAAUUACAACAGAGAAAGAUAUUGUAAACAUGUUAAAUUUUCAAAACAAUACCUCCUAUAGGAUAGGAUUAGUCAUUUUCUUAUAUAUAAACGGCUUGAAUAUGGCUUUAGAUUUGUUUACUGUUACAGGUCUAAACAUAUCUGUGGAAUGGGAUACAACCAUGAUAUUUCCAUAUCACUUUGAUACAAAUCAUCAUCAAUCAGAUGUUGUAGUUUGUGACGAACCCAGAAUACUACAGAGAGAGAAAAUUGCUGUUGGCUGUCUUGUUGAAAGAGGUCCUGAUUGGAAGUGGCUUGAUCAAGAUGGAGGAAAGAAUAAUUUUGGUUCGGUGUACAGAGUGAACAAAAACAACACUUCAUGUAAUUAACUAUUAAAAGAUCUGACGCCAUGUUAUUUGCAAGCAAUAUUGUAAAAAUUAACAAACAAAAAAACUUUAUUUGAGUCACAGCACAAUAAGUGCAUUGUAUUUAGGAAAAAUUAAAUCAAGUAAUAUUUAACAAUAAUACUAGCACUACUACAAAAAUACGAACUUAUUUUUCAAGACCACCUCUAUGGAACGACGUUAUGUUUGUGAAAAUACAAGCCAAUUUACCUGUCAAAUAUUUGGUCGAUCAGUCGUGUAUAAUGCGCUCGUGCUGUCUCGAUUUUUAAGCAUAUCUGUAAAAGGCACCUUAUCAUUCUGUUAUGACUAUUACAAAUGUACAGCUCAGGGAUAUUUUAUUUUGAAUCUAGUCUGCGAAAAUCAUUAUAAUAAUAUUUAUUUAUUCAUAGGUUUUACAUGUCUUAGUUGUUAUUGAAAAUUUGUGCAGGUACGAUGGCCUAAUGGUACCAAAAGCAACUACAGAUUCGGAUAUGACGGGAAAUAUGACGUUUCCAUUUGUGACCCUUUUGACAAUAGUAUAAUGGGAACAUUCAAAGAACGACAGAGUAGUUGGCACAAGGAGAAUUCAAAAACGAUUGCAUCGAAUGAUGGUAUCAUAAACAGAGAUUGGACAGUCAAAGUGACCUCCUACAGUGCAAGGGCCAUAGACACCGAUGUUCGAAAUAAAAGUGAAAACCAGGUUAAAACUUGUAAAAACAUCACAGAAAAAAAUAAACCCUCAGAUGAAGCUGUGAUAAACAGUCGGACAAUUCAAACUAAGAAAGGGUCUUCUUCUGAAGGACACUGGAACACAGAUUCAAACACCAGCCCAAACUCGUCUUUUUGGGAAUGGAAAACAAAACAAGGAAGAUGGAUUUCCUUUCCAAAAUCAGAAAACGAAAAAAUACAAAAUGCUUUUAAGAAAAAUAGAAAGGGGACUGUUCUUGUGAACAUAAACGAAGAUUUGUAUAGAGUGGUUUUCUCCAAAAUGAUUCAGAUUAACAUAUGUAACCGAGAGUCGCACGAAAUAAGACGCCUCAGCUGAAUUGUACUUUACGACGCUACCAAAGAUAUCAUACCAUAACAGUAAUAACGUGGUUUUUAGCUCGCAUGAGUUUAUAAUUCCUAUAUAUUUCUUGUGAAUAGUGGAUUCAAAGAACUGCGAACGCUAAACCCGUUUCCCGCCUGCAUUUUACAUCCAAAUAUAUCGGAAUUUCGGUCAGAUAUUCAAAAACCAAGUUUUCCUCUAAAAAAUAUAAUCAAAUCAUAAUAAAUUUAUAUCAAAAUAAAAUUUGUAAUGAAAUUAUUUAUUUUUAAACAAAAGUUUUGCUAACGCGGGGUCUUAAAAAACUUUCAUUGAAAUCGGUCUCUAUGAGUGAGGAAAAUAUUA